GACCCUGCUACUGGCUACAACUCCAGCCCUGCCUCCUGCUCCAGUACAUAAACAAUGCAGCAGCCUCACUGAAUCACUGCUGUGCAGGGCAGGAAAGCUCUAUGCACACAGUCCAGCAAACAGCAGCACGCAGCUGAAAGAAGUCUCAGAGGAAAUAAGGAAGGAAAGUAGUGAUGGAUUUCAUCCCAAACUUGGCCGUCGAAACCUGGCUUCUCCUGGCUGUCAGCCUGGUGCUCCUGUAUCUAUAUGGAACUCAUUCACAUGGGCUUUUUAAGAAGCUUGGAAUUCCGGGACCCACACCUCUGCCCUUUUUCGGAACUGUUUUGUCCUACCGUCAGGGCUUUUGGAAGUUUGACAUGGAAUGUUAUAAAAAGUAUGGAAAAGUGUGGGGGAUUUAUGAUGGUCGACAGCCUGUGCUGGCUAUCGCAGAUCCCAACAUAAUCAAAACAGUGCUAGUGAAAGAAUGUUACUCUGUCUUCACUAACCGGAGGCCUUUCGGUCCGGUGGGAUUUAUGAAAAGUGCCAUCUCUAUAGCUGAGGAUGAAGAAUGGAAGAGAAUACGAUCAUUGCUGUCUCCAACCUUCACCAGUGGAAAACUCAAGGAGAUGGUCCCUAUCAUUGCCCAGUAUGGAGAGGUGUUGGUGAAAAACCUGAGGCGGGAAGCAGAGAAAGGCAAGCCCAUCAACAUGAAAGACAUCUUUGGAGCCUACAGCAUGGAUGUGAUCACUGGCACAUCAUUUGGAGUGAACAUCGACUCUCUCAACAAUCCAAAAGACCCCUUUGUGGAAAACACCAGGAAGCUUAUAAGAUUUGACUUUUCAGAUCCAUUCUUUCUCUCAAUAAUACUCUUCCCAUUCCUUACCCCAAUUUUUGAAGCAUUAAAUAUUUCUAUGUUUCCAAGAGAUUCUACAAGUUUUUUAAGAAAAUCUAUAAAAAGGAUAAAAGAAAGUCGCCUCAAAGAUACACAUAAGCACCGAGUGGAUUUCCUUCAGUUGAUGAUUGACUCCCAGAAUUCGAAAGAAACUGAGUCCCACAAAGCUCUGUCUGAUCUGGAGCUCGUGGCCCAAUCAAUUAUCUUUAUUUUUGCUGGCUAUGAAACCACCAGCAGUACUCUUUCCUUCAUUAUGUAUGAACUGGCCACUCACCCUGAUGUCCAGCAGAAACUGCAGGAGGAAAUUGAUGCAGUUUUACCCAACAAGGCACCAGCCACCUAUGAUACUGUGCUACAGAUGGAGUAUCUUGACAUGGUGGUGAAUGAAACACUCAGAUUAUUCCCACUUGCUAUGAGACUGGAGAGGGUCUGCAAAAAAGAUGUUGAAAUCAAUGGGAUGUUCAUUCCCAAAGGGGUAGUGGUGAUGAUUCCAAGCUAUGCUCUUCACUAUGACCCAAAGUACUGGACAGAGCCUGAGAAGUUCCUCCCUGAAAGGUUCAGUAAGAAUAACAAGGACAACAUAGAUCCUUACAUAUACACACCCUUUGGAACUGGACCCAGAAACUGCAUUGGCAUGAGGUUUGCUCUCAUGAACAUGAAACUUGCUCUAAUCAGAAUCCUUCAGAACUUCUCCUUCAAGCCUUGUAAAGAAACACAGAUCCCCCUGAAAUUACGCUCAGGAGGACUUCUUCAAACAGAAAAACCCAUUGUUCUAAAGGUUGAGCCAAGGGAUGGGACUGUAAGUGGAGCCUGAACUUCUGCUUUGCUCUUGAAGAAAGCUGUGCCUCAGAACAUCAGAGACCUCAAAUUACUUUCUGAAUAGAAUCUUGAAAUAAAUAUGGGCUUAAUCUAAUGUACUGCAUAAAUAACUGGGGAUUAUGUACAUGCAUUGAGCUAUCUCACUGACCGUGUAGAGUGUUACAGUUGGUAAUAUGAAAGGGAUGACCUAGAUUUGGCUUCUCUGCUUCUCAUAGGACUAUCUCCAUCACCCCCAGUUAGCACCAUUAACUCCUUCUGCACUCUAAGAGAAUAAACAUUUCUCAAUAAUUUCAUCCAUAAUUAUUAAUGAAAAUAAGAAUUAUUUUUAUGACUCUAACCGUGAUAUUUAUAUGAGAUAUUUUAUCAGGAGUAUUCUAUGAAAAGUUUUAUAUUAAGCAAAUAAAUAAAAAUCUCUUUACAAAAGUAUUAUUGCAUGCUUUCCUGCACAUUAAGGAGAAAUCUAUAGAAGUGAAUAACUGAGAACCAACAAGUAAAUAUUUUUGAUCAUUGUAACCACUGUUGGUGUGGGGCCUUUGUCAGAACUCAAAUUUGAUUACUAACAUAGGUGGAAGUUAAUCCACUGUGUCUUUGCCCAUUAUUUAGAAAGAACAUUCACAGUUUAAUUAUGCCUUUUUUGACUGGGCACAGUGGCUCACACCUGUAAUCCCAGCACUUUGAUCACCUAAAGUCAGGAGUUCGGGACCAGCCUGGGCAAAGUGGUGAAACCCAUGUCUACUAAAAAUGCAAAAAUUAACUGUGUGUGGUGGCAUGUGCCUGUAAUCUCAGCGACCCAGGAGGCUGAGGCAGGAGAAUCACUUGAACCUGGGAGGUGGAGGUUGCAGUGAGCCAAGAUUACAGCACUGCACUCCAGCCUGGGUGACAGAGUGAGACUCCAUCUCAAAAUAUAUUUUGUAACAUACAACUGAAGCUCUUACUAUAGUAUUAGUUUUGAGUUAAUGUUUUCAGCCCAGCUCCCCUGAUAUUUCUGGGAGAAGGAAACACGUUUUCUUACACCUCCUGCAUUCCAUCCUCAACUCCUGCCUUAAUACAAUGAACACUUAAUAAAAGGGAGUCAGUUGGCCAA